AUGUCCAAAUUUGGUGUCUUGGUUAUGGGUCCUGCUGGGGCAGGCAAAACCACCUUCAGCAAUGCCGUAAUUCAACACCUCCAGAGCACUCGCCGGAGCUGUUUUUACGUUAAUCUGGACCCCGCCGCUGAAUCCUUCACAUACCAACCGGAUCUCGACAUUCGAGACCUGAUCACAUUAGAAGAUGUCAUGGAGGAGCUGCAGCUCGGUCCCAACGGUGGUCUCAUCUACUGCUUUGAAUUCCUUCUUCAGAACCUGGAGUUCCUAUCGGAGGCGCUCGAGCCGCUGAGUGAAGAAUAUCUCAUCAUUUUCGAUAUGCCGGGCCAAAUCGAACUUUACACGCACAUCCCACUCCUCCCGUCCCUUGUACAGUUCCUGUCUCGCCAGGGCCCUUUGAAUAUCAACCUCUGCGCGGCAUACCUACUUGAAAGCACAUUUGUCGUCGAUAAGGCCAAAUUCUUCGCUGGCACCUUGAGUGCCAUGUCCGCCAUGCUCAUGCUGGAGAUUCCACAUGUUAACAUUCUUAGCAAAAUGGAUCAGGUUCGGGACAUGGUGAGCCGCCGGGAGUUGAGACGAUUCACCAAUGUGGACAUGCAACUGUUAUCGACUGAGGAGGAAGACCCGGCUGUGAGCGCCAACCCCAUGGCCAAGGAUGCGCUACUGAGCGGUGGCUCCUUUAAGCAGCUCAACCGAGCUGUGGCGCAAUUAAUUGAUGACUUCAGCAUGGUCUCUUUCCUACAGCUGGAGGUCCAGGAUGAAGACAGCGUUGCGGGUGUCUUGAGCCAUAUCGAUGAUGCUAUCCAAUACCACGAAGCUCAGGAACCCAGGGAGCCCAAAGAUGAACAGGAGGGGAACUUCGCGGACGAAUAA